UUACUUUAACGAAACAAUUUACUCUUGUGCAAUAUUAAGUUGUGUCAAUCAAGCAAAUAAAGGGAGAAAGCCUUAUUUAUAAGAUUGCCUGUUUCUGAUUUUACUUCAUUAGGUCUCUGGCUCCAGGAGAGGAAGAAAAUGAAGCUUUCUGCUCUUGGAAUUUUUCUGUUUUUAUAUAGUGCUCCAGCCUGGACAAAAGAUAAGCAUUAUUACAUUGGAAUUAAUGAGACAACUUGGAAUUAUGCCCCCGACAAUGAAGAAAAGACACUUAUUUCAUUUGACAAGGACCAGUAUGUUACCUACCUUGAGAAUGGCCCAGACAGAAUUGGAAGAACGUACAAGAAAGUCCUUUAUCAUCAGUACAUGGAUGGAACCUUUAGUGUAACUAUAGAGAAGCCGGAUUGGCUGGGGCUUUUAGGACCUAUCAUCAAGGCUGAAAUUGGAGAUGAAGUUUAUAUACAUUUAAAAAACUUCGCCUCUAGGCCCUACACUUUUCACGCACAUGGAGUAACCUACUAUAAGGAGCAUGAGGGGGCCAUCUAUCCUGAUAACACCACAGAUUUUCACAAGGCAGAUGACAAAGUGCUUCCAGGACAACAGUAUACAUACAGAUUGAUUGUCGAUCAACAACAUAGUCCUGGUGAGGGAGACAGUAAUUGUGUGACUCGGAUUUAUCAUUCCCACAUUGAUGCUCCAAAAGAUAUUGCUUCAGGACUCAUUGGACCUUUAAUAAUCUGUAAAAAAGGUACAUUUUCUCACUAUUGCUCAAAUGAAUCAGUGUCCCUACAGGACAGGAUAGAUGGUUUUCAAAAUAUAGCAAAUGCUUCUGUGUUGACAUUGGGUAAGGGAGAGAGAAGAUGA